AAUAGAUGAUAAAUCUUUUUUAUGAUUGUGAAGAGGUGUAUAGUUAUGAAAACAAAGAAUUAUUAGAAAAGGUUUUAGAGUUUGACUCAAUAGGAGAAGUUAAUUUAGAUGAAAGUAAUAAUUCAAUCACUUAUAAAAUAAAUCGCAGAGAAUUUAUUCGAUUAAGAGAUUUGAUAUUUUGGAUUGUAUUUGAUAUUCAUUUGAUUAUUUUAAUAGGAAUCAGGCUUUGUUCGUAUUCAUUUAGGAUAAUUAUUGCAUCUAAUGCUUCUUUUAUUGUAUUAAACAAAUUUGAUUGAAUCUCAAGGAAUUGAUCAUGAUUAUCUUGAUUUAACUAGAAUUUGGCUUCAUUUACGUAAAAAUAGUUAACAUCCAAGUCUUAUUUAUCAAUAUUUGUAAUAUUCAAUCCAUUUUACAGGAUAUUAAUGUCCAUUUUAUUAAUCUAAAUACCCUGCAUAAAAAGCAUCUAUUAAAGUUAAAGAAAUAAUAUAAAUUAUCUUUAAUCGUUGUUUUAAUUCAAUUUAAUUAAAAUGGACUAAUGAAAACAAAAGGAAAGAAAUAUAUGAUCAAAUAGUAAAACCGAUAAUGGGUUUAUGUUAGUCAAAUUCAAAUAAUAUUAAUAUUAUUACUUGUAUUUAAGAUAAAAUGAAGUAAUUCAAUUAUUAAGAGGAUAUAAAGAAAAACUGUUUUUAACUUUUGGAUAUUGAUGAUUAUUGUAAUGAUUAUGUUGGAUCUAAGAGGCAAAAAUCAAUUCCGAAAGUUAAUGAAGAUUUAACAUCAAUUUUAUCAUUUGGAAGUUAAUAUGGUUAAGUUACUAUUGAAUAUUUGUUAUCAGAAGCAAUACCUAUGAUGAGUUAACAUUUGGAAUCUUACUCAAAAAUUAAGUUUGAUUAUUUCUAGAAGGCUUAAAAAUAGCAUGAUGAAAUUUACAAAAAUUAAAGGAUGUUGAAAGAUUAAAUUUAAAAAUAAGUCUUGACUUUUAUUCAAUAAGAAUUAAAAGAGAAAGAAAAGGAAUAUAAAUUUGACAUUACUCAAGAGGACAUUAAAUAACUUCAAGAUGAAAUUAUAAGUUCAAUAUUUCAAUCUCCAUACAUUAAAUAUUUUUAGAACACUUAUUGGAUAAAUCCUAAAAAUCAAGAUUUUAAUACUUAUCAAUUAUCAGCAGUAUCAAAAUUUAUACUAUCAGAUGUUUAAGAAAAAGUCAAUCUAUUAUUUACAAUAAAUAUUCUAAAAUUGAUAAAUGAUUUGAUAUGA